AUGCAUCGUGGUCCGCUACCGGCACUGACAGUGGGUUCCGUGGUUGGAUUACGGUGGACUCUUUCUCCUCAGAGGGUUCUGUUGCUGAGGAUUGACUAUCAAACAAUGCCGAUAAACCUCAACAGCAAGUUACUUGUGCUGAAGGUGAUACCAAUGUUUUGCGAGAUAAUCAUGAGUCGAAAGGAAGCUUUAUCGCAAUUUAUUCAGCAGAUUCAUGGGAGACCUGUAGUUGUCAAAUUGAACAGUGGUGUGGAUUACCGAGGUGUUCUUGCAUGCUUGGAUGGCUAUAUGAAUAUUGCUUUGGAGCAGACAGAAGAAUAUGUAAAUGGACAGUUGAAAAACAAAUAUGGAGAUGCAUUUAUCAGAGGCAAUAAUGUCCUUUAUAUAAGUACUCAAAAAAGAAGAAUUUAAAUUUGGUUUUGUAAAUAUUAAUUUGUCCAAUUUGGUAUUUUGUUUUAUGAAUGUGGUAUGUUUAAUUUCUUAAAUUACUUUGUGAAAUUCACAUUAAUUAAAUAAAAACGUUUCAUUUUUUCAAUGUUUGAGUACUUGUUUCUACAGUAGGAGUGGAUGUACUUAUACUUCUAAAAACUCUUUUAUCUAGGUAGUACUUUCCGAAUACAAAUUUUUAAUAAAAUUGAAUUUGAUGGACCUAUACAAAAAAAUGUUUGCAAAGAAUUUAGAGUUAAGAAAUAAUUGAAUUGUGAAUUUCAUAAACCCCAUAAGUGCCAAUGUGUAAAUUUUUCGGGCAGUAAGAAAAACUGAAUAGCUUCCAAAGUAUUGUGUUGGCAGUUUACAAAAACAUGUGUAUUAAAACAUGUGGUUUUCUGAAUACCUUAAACUUUCAAUAACAGUGAAAUUUAGUUGUGUAUAUUUAAUAAAAAGAAAAGAUAUUAGUUCACUUGUGGGGGUUUUGCAAUAAACAUAUUUUUUUCUUUAUAUUUUGGUAAAUAAUACACAGAAACCAUUGCUUGUAAUUAGCUUUGGAGUAAUUAAAUUUAACUACUCAAGGGUAUUAAAACUUAGGUUUAUUUAAGAAAAUAAAAUGAAAAGUACAAGAAAUGGUAGUUCUUAAAUUGAGAUGCUCUGUAUUAGUCUGGCUGUAUCUCAAGUGGUUUUUCUUGGUCUGUUGAUGGCCUCUCAAACAGAAGCCAUAUCCACUCAGAACAAUCAUAUAUAUCCUGUGGUGUAUUAUCUUAAAUUUUUAUAUUUCCGUUUUCUUCAUAAUUUUUUUUUACUUAAUCAGGAUCUAAGAACAUAAUCCAUUGCAUCAUUUUAUCUGAGGUUAUAAACUGCUCAACCAUAAAGAUAUUUUUUCACAUUUAUUGUGAACACCAUUGUUGUUUUAAUAAAGUUUGCCUCUUAAUGUGGUAUUACUAGGAUUGUUGGUAGGUCUUUGGGGGCUCAUUUCCCUAUCAGAAUUACUCUUCUUUUCAUCAUUACACCAAUGUGUUUUAGACCUCAGGUUGACAGUUUUGGCCCCAAAAAGAGCUGAAUAUCUGAAGUAUUUUUACUUUCUUUAGAAUAAAAUCCUUUCCAAAUUUGUUGUAUGGUGUCAUCAUUUAAAAUUAAAUAGCAUUUCGUUGAAUGCUGACUUGUACAAUCAGCAGAAUUAGGACAAAUUGUUUCUUCUACUUUCUUCCCUUUGUGCAAUAUAUAAUUUCCACCACUUACUCUUGUAGUUCGAAAGGAGUUAGGUUUGUAAAAUUCCUUAUUGGUCACUCCACGUUUUGUCUUCAUUGUAAUGGUUCAUUUUCUGAGUGUUCCAAACCAGGUAUUGUUACUUAAAUACUGAUGCACAACAGCAAAUGAUACUUUUUAAGAACAUUAUGCUCUCUGCUGAAGAACAAAAUGUACUAUGUUUAUUGCAAAAAGCACAAAAGUGUUGGCACUUGUGUGCUUUCUGCACUAAACUUGGUGUACAUCUUAAAUUACUCUGCUUCUGAGAACUGCAAAUGUGGGAUAUCUGCACUUAUGAUGUAUUCAAGUCUCUGGAACACUAAUGUACUAUAAAGUCAAUCUGAAAAGUGGCGCUCAUGGGACUUUUGAAAUAAACAAUCCAAUUGGAAAAAGCACUCUGAUUAGUUUCUGAAGCAUUCUAUCUCUUAUGAAUGCUUUGUAAGGAAAGUAAUAUUCAAAAUUGUCAUUACACAGCACUUGAGUUAAGCACUUAAAUAUGGUUUAUUAUGUUGAUAUUUCAAGUUGAAGUUGAGAUGAAAAUAAACUUGAGAAAUGUUUUCAUGAAUUUGAAUUUUCAUGAAUAUUUACUUCAUUAAGAAGAAAAAUCAUUGUUGAUUACAGAAAUGAAAUUAUUGAAGAUGCUAUAAAAAGAAUAUGCCAGUAUAGUUAUUGAAUAAAUUGUAUUUAGUGGUCAGCUGUAAAUUAGAUUAUACUAAAGAAGGUGAGAGGUGGUUUGAGGCAGCAUUAAAUUGCAUUACAUAUGGGUAGAGAGGUGAUAGUUUCGUGUUACAUAACUUUUAUUCAAUCUUAUGCUAAAAUGUUAAAAAAAAUAUGAAUCUUUUAAAAAGAGUUUAUGUAUAAAUUAUUACUAUAAUUUGAAAUUUUUUGUCAUCAAUACACAUCAAUUGAAUAUCCAUUUAAUGUAUGAUUAAAUUCAAUUAAAUUGGUGCAGUAGACUCACUCACGCCUUAUCCACAAUGACAUGUGUAAGGCUUGUCAAACAUUUUUCUUGCCUAAGCAUCCUUCCUUCAUUCGGAAAUUGUCUUCAAUCUUAUUUUUAGGUACAGUCAGCAUCACCAACAAAGUGUGACUUUAAUUAUCUUAUAUUUUAAUAUAUAACACAAAAUUAAUACAAAUGUUUUUUACUGUAAUGUAAUUUGUUUUACAUACUCCAAAUUAAAGAUGUUGUAAACUGUACAUACUUAUUUAGGGGGUUCAAGCAUGCGGACAUGGGGCAAGAGGAGAUAUUCUAAAGACUCCAAAUAUGUGUUACGUAAUGAAAAAACAACCCUUAAUUUUUAAAAUAAAUAUGUGUAUUUUGACCUUUCUUUCUUUGAAUUCUAUUGGAUAAGUUACUGUUCAAUGAAUAAAUCCCUUCAGUGUCAAAAAAAUAAUGCAGGGAGAAAGAGUUGCUCAUAAAUUACAUAACAUUAAAAAGGGUUGAGGCAUCAUAAUGCUGAGUCACAGCAGUAUGGAAUGUUGAUUAAUAGUUCCAUAAUGCUGAAAUUUAUUUUUUGUAAAUUUGCUGAAGUAAUUCCUUUUAUUCAGUCUUACAUUAAAAUAUA